AAAUUGUAAAAAUAAGAUGAUGCAAAGUAACAUUAGAAGAGUCCUCCAGAAGGGCAUCAGUAGAAGAUACAAGCACCACAGAGAGAUCGAUGAUACUAUCAGAGCUACAGGACUUACCAACACCCAUGUUGUUAGAAAUCCAAGCGUUGCAGAAAUCUAUGAGUAUGCCAUGCUUCCUCAACUCAAAGAAUCUCAUGACAGAAGAGUUAGAGAUACUGUCAUCAGUUCCACUGGUGCCCUUGUAAAUUACUCCGGUCAUUUGAUGGGAAGAUCUCCAAAGGAUAAGAGAGUCGUAUAUGACGAACUCUCCCAGGACCAGAUAUGGUGGGGAGAUGUAAACAAGCCAAUCACUCCUCAUGGAUAUGAUGCUAACAGAGCCAGAGCUAUGGACUACCUAAACACUAGACCAUACGUCUUUGUCAUUGAUGGACUUGCCUCAUGGGAUCCAGAUAAUCGUUUCUCAGUCAGAGUAUUUUGUAACAGGCCAUAUCAUGCAUUAUUCAUGAAGCAAAUGUUGAUUAGACCUACUCCAGAUCAGAUUGAUAAAGAGUUCGAAGAUGGAGCUGACUUCACUAUCAUCAACGGAGGAGAGUUUGCAGCUGAUCCAGGGAACAACUCUGUUACUGGUGAGACCUCUGUUGCCGUGAAUCUUAGAAAAGGUGAGAUGGCUAUUCUUGGUACCCAAUAUGCUGGAGAAAUGAAAAAGGGUCUUUUCGGUGUCAUGCACUACUACAUGCCAAAAAGAGGUAUCCUCUCCAUGCACGCUUCAGCUAAUGAAGGAGAGAGUGGAGAUAUUUCAAUCCUCUUCGGUCUCUCAGGAACUGGUAAAACCACUCUAUCAGCUGAUCCUCACAGACACUUGCUCGGAGAUGAUGAACAUUGCUGGACUGAUCAAGGAAUCUUCAAUAUUGAAGGAGGAUGUUAUGCCAAGUGCAUCGAUCUUUCGGAAGAGAGUGAACCAGAGAUCUACAAUGCCAUCAAAUUUGGAGCAAUCCUUGAGAACGUUGCCUUCUGCAAGGACAGCAGAAGAGAGGUAGACUAUCACAAUGUCAGAUUGACUGAAAACACAAGGUGCGCAUAUCCACUUGAGUAUAUCCCAGGAGCUAAGAUUCCAGCCGUAGGGGGACAUCCUAAGAAUAUCUUUUUCCUCGUCUGCGAUGCUUAUGGUGUACUUCCACCCGUUGCUAAACUCAACAGAGACCAGGCUAAGUACCAUUUCAUUUCUGGAUACACUUCAAAGGUUGCUGGAACUGAAGUUGGUAUCACAGAUCCAGUUGCCACCUUCUCUGCUUGUUAUGGAGAAGCUUUCCUUCCAUUGCAUCCAUUCACUUAUGCCAAGAUGCUUGCUGAAAAGGUUGAAAAGCAUAACACAAAUGUCUGGCUCGUCAACACUGGAUGGACUGGAGGAUCCUUUGGAAAAGGCUCAAGAAUGAGACUUAGCUACACUAGAAGAAUGAUUGAUGCUAUCCACGAGGGAGAAUUAGAUAACACUGAAUACAAUAAAUUCGAUGUAUUCAACUUAGACGUCCCAACCCACAUCGAAGGAAUUCCAGAUGAUGUACUCUGGCCAGAGAACACUUGGGGUGAUAAGGAUGCCUUCAAGACUCAGCUAAGAAAGCUUGCUGAACAAUUCCAGCAAAACUUCAAGAAAUACGAAGAUGAGACUCCAAGAGAGGUUAUCGAAAGAGGAGGACCAACUAUUGACUUUUAA